AUGACCGACUCACCAACCAUACGCCGCCAAAUCGGAAAACUCUCAAGACAACUGCCGAGACAUAUUGGAGCAAUCUACGACGUCCUUGCUGACUACGAGCUGACAAUCGACAAUGUGCAACUCAAUCAUGUCGACUCCAAUGACCUACCAAUGCUGCGCAAAGAUUGCCUGAACGCCCGAUCGAAUCUGCUCAUCAGCUAUACCAGACUUGAGCAACUUCACCAGAACUGGAUCUCACUCAUUGCCGCAGACAAAGAAGAGGAAAUGGUAUUCUCUCAGUACAUCGACAAAUAUGGAGACUAUCGUACCACUCUACAAGAGGCAGUACCAGUUCUUGAGAAAAUGGACACCGCUCUUGACGCAAUCGAAGAAGAGUUCAAGAAACGCCAAUUUCCGCUUCCAGGUUUCAUCCCCACUACCCCGGCAACAUCAGAAGCUCUCUCCCUCGACUCGCAGAACCCGAAAACGGAACAACGGAACGACAUCUCAACGCCAGUUCCCCUCCAAACUGAACAAGUGGUGCUUCCACAUCAUCCUAGACCCAGUAUGAUCGACCAAUCCUCGCGAAGCCUUUGCAAUUUCGUCGACGCAUCGCUUCUCAGUAAAGUCGAUCUUCCGAUGUUCAGCGGUUCGAUCCUUGAGUUCCAAGAAUUCUGGGAACGUUUUUCCACCUUGAUCGGAAAUAAACCGCACAUCGAUGACGCAACCAAGUUUUCCCUGCUGAAAUCUUCACUCAAGGGAAGAGCACUCCACUGCAUCCAAGGCCUCCCGAUUACAUCCGCCAACUACCACAUCGCGGUCGACAUUCUCAAAACGCACUUCGACGAUCGAGUGACAACGCGACAUGUACUGUUCUCCAAAUUAGCCAGUCUUCCCCCAUGUGAUCCAGCAGGAAAAGAGCUACAGGUACUUUAUAACCAAAUGUAUGCUCUAAUACGACAAUUUUGCACUUAUGAAGACGACAGCAGAGAAUAUGGUCCUGGAGCUAUUCUCCUAAACAAGCUACCGCGCCACGUGAGGAGCCGGAUCUACGACAAAACCAACAACCAAGCCAAUCUCACCCCAACAGCACUCAUCCGCAUUCUCACGGACAUUGUCAGGAAAGAAUCCACGUUGCGCGAAAUGGAGUUCCAGGAACCCGACUCUACGAACAGACCACUCGCAUCAACGACAAUGGAGACGCCGCCUGUUCAGGCAGCUAAUGGUAGCGAACAUCCUAACCAAAUUCAGAAGAACCGAUUUCAUCGACCAUCACAGCGACAACCUCACGAACGGCAGGGACACAUACACUUCUCCGAACAACCUUCACUCCCACCUAACCUUGCGGAACCAGCCACUACCCUUCACACCACUCAGCUACCACAGGGAGCAGUCAAACCUCCACUAAUGUGUGCCGACGUCGCACUUUUCAACCCAGACGACGAAAGUAAGGAAACUCACGUCACAGCUCUACUGGACACAGGAGCUUCCCAAUCCUACAUCUCAAACGACCUGAUCGAACAACUCCAACUACGACCUUCGAACCCACAACGAAUCACAAUGUUCACGUUCGGAACGGAAGAACCAAUAUCAGUGGAAGCCACUAAUCACGAAAUCGGCAUCCGCUGCACGGACAACACCACACAUCUUCUCCACGUCCAAGCACUACCUGUGCUAACCAGGGAAAUCAACAUAUCUUACCUACCAAACGGAUAUCGAAUCUUCGAAACUCGAAUCGGCAAAAUCGUAGCGGACAACACCUUCCGACUCAACGCCUCGAAUGACGUCGUCUUCACCUUCUCCACUUCAAUGACCAAUCCUGCUCGCCACUCCGACUUGGUAGAACUCGUUGAACGUUUCUGGUCAAACGAAUCUUUAGGAAUAGUCGACAAUCCCAAUCAAUCCGAUGAUGACAAGUGCUUGGAAGACUUCAACAACUCAAUCAAGUACAACGAGCAGGAACGACGAUAUUCGGUAAAACUUCCAUUCAAAGACCAGCUAAAGAGAGGUAUAAUAGAAGAAAUCGAUGAAUGCCGAUCAGCCAACAUUAGUCAUUACCUCGCUCACCAUGGUGUCAUCAGCGAGUCGAAAAAACACACGAAGAUUUCGUCGCGUUCUCUUCGGCCUCAUAUGUUCCCCGUUCCUACUUGCUGCAACCAUCCACUACCAUCUUGCAAGUACAGGAACACCGCUCGCGAGAAAAAUACUGCGGAACAUCUACGUCGACAACGUAUUUUACGGAAUAUCAUCUGUGGACGAAGGAAAACGAUACUACGAAGAUUCGAAACAACUUUUCCAGAACGCAGGAAUGAAUAUCAGAGACUAUGUCAGCAACAAUCAGGAACUGAACAGAUUCAUGGAGGAACAAGAAAAAUCCAAAGUCGACGAACAAUGCAAAAUCUUAGGCGUGACAUGGAAAACUACUACGGACGAAUUCAAAAUACACCUACCAAGAUGUACAACAGGAACAACAUGGACAAAAGGAGAGUGCUACAAAAAGUAGCAAGCACCUACGAUCCCUUCGGUUGGAUCUCACCAGUCGUACUCGUGGGAAAAAUUUUCAUCCAAAAAUUGUGGACGGAAAAUAUCACCUGGGAUGAAUCACUACCACAACACCUGCUUGAGGAAUGGACGCAAAUCAGUGAGUCGUGGACCUUGUCUUCGGUGACCUUUCCACGUUUGCUAAUACAAAACAACGCACCCGACGCAAAAUACGACAUCCACGUCUUCACCGAUGCGUCACAGUCCGCAUACUCCGCCUCUUCCUACUUGCUGGAAAAGAUCAAUGGUCAUCCGAAACGAGCAAUGCUAUUGGUUUCAAAAUCACGUCUGGCUCCGAAGAAACCUCUGAUGACCAUACCAAAACUGGAACUCUCGGGUCUACUCAUCGGCGCCAAUCUACUCCACUAUCUGAAACUCCAUUUGGACAUCCCGAUAGACCGAUCUUUCCUGUGGUCGGACAGCAGAGUCGCUCUCUCAUGGACACAGUCAGACAAGGACCUUCCCAUAUUCAUACGUAACCGCGUUCGAACAAUUCGAGAAAAGGCUAAAGAUGCAAUAUUCCGUCACAUACCAGGUUCACUAAACCCUGCAGACGUUGCAAGCCGGGGAUGCACAAUCAACGAACUGAUUUCCAACAAUCUCUGGUGGAAUGGACCAAGUUUCCUCCUCAAAGAAGAAGACACGUGGCCAAGCGAAAAGAUUGACUCAGAUGCCGAAGAACACCUUGCAUCCACCGUAUGCUGUACUACACAUCAAGAGCCAGAAAAUGAACCGAUGACACCAGUCAUGGAAUCUGAAAGGUUCAGCAAAUGGACCUAUAUGCUGAGGACACUCGUGACGAUCCUCACCUUCAUCACCAGACUUUCGACGAAGGCUACCCAACACUUCGGAACUACGAAGAAUGCUUUAAGAUCCGCAGCAGAAAUAAUUCUAUUCCGAAUGGCUCAAAUCGAGGACCCACCCUGCAGUGAUCUGCAACGUCAACUUACACUCUUCAAAUGCGGACGGACAAACUUGUUCAGAGUUCGAACAAGAAUCUAUGAGUCUGCACUACCUCCGGAGACGAAAGAACCGAUUUUACUUCCACGUAAAAGCAACAUCACCGAACUAUUCAUCCUACACGUCCACAAACUGAAUCACCAUUCUGGAACAGAACAAACGUUAAUCGAACUCCGAAAAUCAGUAUGGAUCCCCAAAGGAAGGUCAACAGUGAAACGCGUCAUCAACAAGCGCUGCUUCCUUUGCAGACGAAACAAUGCGAAACCCUUCAAGCUACCGGACUUCCCUGCACAUCCUGAUUAUCGUGUCAACAAACCCAAUUAUCCCUUCGAAAACUGCGGACUUGAUGUCAUGGGACCAAUGAAGUACAAAUCCAAACAUGGGGAAACCAAAAAAUGCUGGAUCCUACUAAUAACCUGCUUGAACUGCCGUGCCAUCGUAGUCGACGUUAUACGAAGUCUCUCAUCAAAUACAUUCCUCCAUUGUCUACGACGCUUCAUUGCCACGAACGGGUGCCCGAAAAGAAUAAUCUGCGACAACGCUCCCGCAUUCAAGGCUUUCGCACAAACACAAUCGGAUGAACCCAUGAACGAGGAAAGAGCAGAAGACUUACUGGACUACUGCGCAACCAACAAGAUCCAGUUCAAGUUCAUACCUGCGUUCAGUCCGUGGCAAGGAGGAUUUUAUGAACGGAUGAUAGGCAUUUUCAAGACCGCCUUCACGCAAGCCACAAGAAAUCGGACACUUCUCAUGGACGAUCUACACACCUUGGCAAAGGAAUCAGAAGCCAUUUGCAACUCAAGACCUCUCACAUACGUGAACGACCAAGAAGACUUCUUGCCUUUACGCCCAGUUGAUUUCAUACGUCCCACAGCUCGUCUAUCUUUUCCCCGUCUGCUCAAUGAAGACGAUGAAUGGAGACCACACUACACCACAAGAGACGAUCUGAUUAAAGACUGA